AUGGCGAACAGCCCUGGAGUCGAGCAGAAUUUGCCGCAAGUUGCUUUUGAAGACCACCUUGAUACUUUAAAAGAUGCAGUGGCUUGUGAUAAUUUGGCAAAGACCUGUCACAAACGAUUCCAGAACGAAAACGACGAUGUAUAUCUCAAUGCGGCCAUCAUGUGUGCUCGAAGAGCGCUUGAGCUGAGUUCAGCUGAGGAUCCGCGUUUCCAUAGGUACUGUUUCCGCGUCGCCAAUUAUCUCAACUCGAGAUAUCGGCGAUCGAAAUCGCCUCCAGAAGAUGACCUCGAUGAAGCUCUUGAAUGCUUGGAAAUGGCAGCGGAGAGUACUGGGAUUGUAAGCGAGCCAGCCCGCGAGAAAGCGAACCGAUUGGGGGUCGCAUUCAGUUGUCAGUUUCAACUGUAUUUGGCGGGGCGAGACGAUGCUUAUCAUGAUGCACUCGACGCCUUCAAGGCUGUUUUCAAAGCAUGCCUGUUGUGCGGUGACUGGAACAGGACGGCACGGGUACUUUAUGAUCUAUGGACCCUCCAAAUCACCAGAUUCGACAAAGAUUCGGAAAGAAACGCUGAACUCUUGGACCUUCCAAUAGAUUAUGCCAAUAAAGCAAUCGAGGCAGCUGGCAAGACUGGAGAGAACUGGACACAGCUAUUAUCAAACAAGAUGGCCUUUCUUGAAGAACGAGCAAGCCGCAACGAGGCGAGGAGGGAGGAAGACUAUCGAGCCGCCAUAGCCAUAUGCAGGAUGCUGAUGGAUGGAAACGUUGGCUCAGAGGACGACCAAAACAAGGCCGCGAACAACCAGUCUUCGCUUGGACGCUUAUACUUCCUACUCGGCGAGGUCACAGGAUCUGCAGACGACUAUCAUGAAGCAACAUACAAUCUGCAACGGGCAAGCGAAGCCACGCCCAGAGAUCGACCCCAGUGGAAGGCUCGUUAUGACUUGUUCCAGGCGGCCUUGGAACAAUUUGGGACUAUGCUUGGUCGACCGCGGGGCCUCAACAGCAUUAUAUACACACAGGAAAAGCUCGUUACCGAGCUACUGGCAUCGGAGAAGAUGGAAGACCAAGGGGAACCACAAGCGGAGGCGUUAUACAAGCUGGCACAGCUGGAGCAGCUACGCUUCAUCGAGCGCAACACUAUAGAUGAUCUGAUCAGCAUGACUGAUAACCUGGAGAAGGCAGUCAAAAAGACGUCCGAAUCAGACACUGAAAAGCUCACUGCCCGCCUUGGGCUCGCAGUUGAGUGUUAUGAGAUCCUUUAUCAGGAGGAGGAUGACCCCAAGUAUCUGAGGCAGGGCACACAAGCAGCGCAGACAGCGGUGGAUGCAGCAAGGAAUACCGAGAAACUAAGCAUUCGAAAAAAGGCAGCCCUAUACAGCGCACUUGGUCGUUGUAUGGCUGCGCUAUCAGAGGAAGAUGAGGACCAGAAACUUAUGGAGAGUGCAGUCGACGCUGGUGAAACUGCAGUAGCCCUUGUGGGAACAGAAGACCAAAGUGACGAUGAAGAGAACUACAAGAGUGAGCGACAAAAGUACAUUAACGAUCUUGAGAACUGGAGGGAAUCAUUAUUAGAGUAG